AUUCCUGAAUAUUUCAAAUGUGAUUUCUCAAAACCCUAUUUCUAAACUUCAUAGACUCCAAUCUGCUCUAUAUUUAACCGGAAAUGUCAUUGUAUUUCAGAAAAUUUAAGAAAAAUCGAGAAACUUCAGAUAUCACUCACCGAUUGAGUGAGACUUUUGCGUCACAUACGUGUUCUUGUUCUGAUUAUAUCGGGCACAAUUACUUCCACGAACGGUUUUCCGCUCGCAUUGGAGCGAUUCCACAUUUUUUCUCAACGUUUUCAGCUGGCAAUUCCGAAAUUCGCGACGAACGCGUGAAAAUCGAUAGUAUCGACGAUAGCAAACGAUUUUAUGAUAGGACAGCGGAAACGGUUUCGAAAGAAAGCCUAUUGAAUUCAGAUUAUAAUUCGAGCAGUUGGGGAGGAGAAAACUGCGAUUUUGAUGGUUUCGACGAGUCUGAUGAAGAAGGGGAACAGAGCGACGAGGAAUUUAGGGUAUUGAGUGCCUUUGAUGGGAACAGAGCGCGAAUCGAAGCUUCUAGAAGAAUUGAGGUGGACGAAGGUGAUUUGAGGCAUCCUUUAGUGAGAGAGAUAUGUAGGUUGAUUGAUCGCAGGGCAGCAUGGUCUCCGAAGCUUGAAUCGGAGUUGAAGCGAUUACUGCGCAGCCUGAAACCGAGCCAAGUGUGCGCUGUGCUUCGAGCUCAAUCUGAUGAAAGAAAUGCUUUGAAUUUCUUCUACUGGGCUGACAGGCAAUGGCGAUACAGGCAUUACCUUGUUGUUUAUCACGAUAUGCUGAGAAUUCUGAGUAAGACGAAGCUAUGCCAAGGGGCUAAGCGAGUUCUUCAUCUUAUGAUUAGGAGGAAGAUUGAGCUCUGGCCCGAAGAUUUUGGUUGUGUAAUGGUGUCUUUCAGUAGAGCUGGUCAUCUCAGUAAAGCAUUGCAGGUGUUGAAUGUAAUGCAGAGAGCGGGAGUCGAGCUUGAUAUCUCAGUUUGCAACACUGCUGUUAAUGUUUUGGUGGAGGGGGACAAGUUGGAGAAAGCAUUGAGGUUUUCGGAGAGGAUGCAGAUGGUUGGGAUUGAACCUAAUGUUGUCACGUAUAACUGUCUGGUUAAGGGCUAUUGUGAAAGGAAACAGUUGGAUGAUGCAGUGAAGCUGAUCGAAGAAAUGCCUCUGAAAGGUUGUGCUCCAGAUAAAGUUAGUUAUUAUACUGUGAUGGGAGUUUUAUGCAAGGAGAAAAGGAUUGAUGAACUGAAAGGGCUUCUGAAGAAGAUGUUGGAAGAGAGUGAAUUGCAGCCAGAUCAAGUCACUUAUAAUACUCUUAUUCACAUGCUUUGCAAGCAUGGUCAUGGAGAUGAGGCGCUGGGGUUCCUAGGGGAAGCAGAGGAAAGAGGGUUUCGUAUCGACAAAGUUGGGCACACUGCGGUAGUGCAUUGCUUUUGUCAGGAAGGACAAAUAGAUAGGGCUAAAGGUAUCAUUGAUGAAAUGCUAUUGAAGGAAUGCAGCCCUGAUGUUGUGACAUAUACUGCUGUUUUGAAUGGAUUUUGUCGCGUGGGGAAAGUUGACCAAGCUAAGAAAUUGCUGCAGGAGAUGUACAAGCAUGGUUGCAAGCCUAACUGUGUAUCAUACACAGCCUUGUUAAACGGGCUUUGUAGGGGUGGGAACUCUUCAGAGGCAAGAGAGAUGAUGGACAUGAGCGAGGGAUGGUGGACUCCGAACUCUGUGACGUACAGUGUAAUCUUGCAUGGGUUUCGUCGUGAAGGGAAGCUGUCUGAGGCCUGUGAUAUAGUGAUGGAGAUGAUCAGAAAAGGGUUUUAUCCUUCCCCUGUCGACAUCAACCUAUUGAUUCAAUCAUUAUGUCGAGCUGGCAAGACAGAGCAAGCUAGGAAGUUAAUGGAGGAGUGCCUUAAAAAGGGGUGUGCUGUCAAUGUUGUGAACUACACCUCUAUAAUUCAUGGAUUUUGCCAAAACGAUGACUUAGCCUCAGCUCUAUCUGUGUUUGAUGACAUGUAUUUGAAUAACAAACACCCCGAUGCAGUGACAUUUACAACGGUAGUAGAUACGCUGGGAAGAAAAGGCAGAAUUGACGAGGCUACUGAAAUGGUCAAGAAAAUGCUCCAUCGCGGUUUGCUUCCUACACCCGUCACUUAUAGAUCACUUAUCCAUAAUUUCUGCCAGCAUGGGAGGGUAGAUGAUUUGUUGAAACUGAUGGACAAGCUGCUGCCUCGACAAAGCUUCAAAACAGCCUACAACCAAAUCAUUGAAAAGCUUUGUUGUUUUGGGCACACUGAUGAGGCUUACAAGCUCUUGGGAAGGGUUCUGAGAACUGCUUCCAAAAUUGAUGUGGAUACUUGCCACAUUCUUAUGAGAACUUUCUUAAGGAAUGAGAAUCCUCUUGGAUCAUAUCAAGUGGCUUCUAGAAUGUUCAAUCGGAAUUUGGUUCCUGAUUUGAAGUUGUGUGAGGAAGUGAGUAAGAAGUUGAUUUCACAGAAGAAGCUAGAGGAGGCUGAUAAGCUUAUGCUGCGAUUUGUAGAACGUGGGCAUUUUUCGCCUAACAGAAAACAGGCUCUCCAUAGUUGAACUGCAAAGUUCAGCCAUUCUUCGAUGUACAUACACAGCCAGCGGAAAAUUGGCUUACAGUAUUGAAAAUGCUCAAGCAGCUCGUGUCAAAGGCAUUGUUGUGUUAUCUAAGAGCAGUGCUGAUUCAGGGGGGGAGAAUCCUUAUAUAGUGGCAUCUGCGUCAUCUGAUAGUGUAAUACGCGUCUGGGACGUGAGAAAGGCUGCUGACGGAAAGCCCUUGAGUGAGGUCCAUACCAAAUCAAGGCUCACUUGCCUCGCUGGAUCAUCUAUCAGAUCUUUGAAACGGCCGCGCAAUGAAAAGCUGAACACGGAUGAAAAUCUAGAUGCAGCUGUAGAAUCAUAGUUGAAUGUUUACUUUCAUUAACGUUGCCUCCACUCUCUGGUCCACGGGGAUCUGGAAAAGCUAUACUCGUGAUAUGUUAUAUCGACUCCUGAAAAGACUUGAGGAUUUCUAAAUGAAACUCUCUUGUGAUUCUACACGGAGAACUUGUGUCCGAUGAUUUGAUUGUUGGGAUCCUAAGACAGUUGUCCUUGUCCAAAGCUCCAAGCACAAAAGGUUUGUGAUUAUACAGCUGCUGCUCUCAAGUCAAGGCUCUAAACCUUCCAUAAGCAGACUGGGCCAGUAUGUUUCCUUCCCUCAUAUAUCUAUUGUACUAACUCUGCUUUCAACCAAAUUACACUUGUGAAAUAUAAGUUUUUUGAAUAUUUACUUGGAAUGUUGAUUAAGUCGACUUCAUGGUUUUUUGCUUAGUCGUAGUUUCUAUGCUCCUCCCAAAUACUUUCAAGGGUAUAGUUAUCCAACUUUGUUUAACCUGUAUGCCGAAAACUUUCUUGUCACCGUUAGUCUGAGAAAAUCGUAACAUUAGCUUCUUGGUUCAGUUAGACUAGGCCAUAGUCUCUAAUGUAGAAAAAACUUUACUUGCUGGUAUCUUUGUGACUGCAUUGUACUAUGUUGACCACCAAUCUCCAUAAUAUCUAAAUGUGUGAUGGACACAGUUGUUGGUCAUGAGAGAGAGAGAGAGAGAGAGAGACAGAGAGAGAGAGUUGAAAACAACAUGACUAGAAUUUUGAUCAUAGAAGUCUAGGACACGACUCCAUCUGUCGACAUUUUGUCCAGAAUGACUAGCUAGUGGAUCCAAACUCCUUUAUACUUGCCAAGGAUUCAUUCAGAUGUCUUUUCUGCUCUUCCCUAAAUUCCCUCAAAUAUCAUUGUGAUUUAAAACAUAGUCUUCGCGACCGUCUUUUCUUUGCCACGUGAACGAGUGAUAAUGGUUCCACGUACACGUAUAUUGCUCGGUACAAGUGGGGUAAAUCCGAUCCAAUAUGCUCGGGUUCUACUUUGUCAGUGGUUUGGACUCAUUAGGAUACACACUAGCUCGAGUCAUAGCCCCAAGGUAUAGAUUCGAGUAGGUCUGUUCAUUCUCGUUCGAUUUCAUCUCAUGUACUUGUUCAUCAGUGCACGUCAUGUGUAUGAUGUCGAUGCUUCAGCGGGUGAUGCCGGGAAGGUGGCCAACCAACCCUAUACUACACUGCUAAAAAUGUAAAAAUUUAAGUGUGAUCAAAUCUGGUCUUCCUACAAUAACAAGUCAAUAAUCCUACUAUGUUGGUGCAAAGCUUGAAAAUGAUGGGUUUCUCUAAAGGAAAUAAAAAAUACAGAUACGCUAUGUAUCUUUGAAUUAUGUAAUUAUUUCAAUAGUAUUUUUAGUUGUUGCCUUCCCCAGAUUGAAUGCACUUGUGCUACAAAACCUAUCAAUUUAAUUAUUUUAAUAU